AUGUUUUCUGGGGCCCCAACAACAAGCGCCAGAUUCGACGAGUUUGUCGUACCAACCGUGCUGGAAGCCUCAUUAACGCCAGAACAGAUCGAGGCUGUGCAGGUGAUGGUGCGAAUCGAGGAAAUCAACCAGAUGAUCCAGAGGGAUUCUUUUGUGCCUCCCACAAGAACAAGGUCGCCUUCUCCGCCUCCUGUUUACGACGCCAGUGGAAAAAGAACCAAUACUCGCGAACAGAGGUAUCGCAAGCGUUUUGAAACCGAAAGAGGCCGUUUGAUAGAGAUUGCACUGCGAAACGUCCCAGAUUACAGACCUCCCCCAGAUUACAGAAAGCCUUCCAAGACAAGCGAAAAAUUGUACAUUCCAUCCAGAGAACAUCCUGAAAUCAACUUUAUUGGGUUGUUAAUGGGGCCCAGAGGUAACACAUUGAAGCGAAUUCAAGAGAAAAGCGGAGCCAAGAUAGGUAUUAGAGGAAGAGGGUCUGUUAAAGAGGGACGAAAUUCUGCGUUGGUGAGGACCGACCAGAACAAUAUGGACGACGACUUGCAUUGUCUGAUCACAGCAGACACAGAAGACAAGAUCCAAAAGGCCAUGAAGCUUUGUGGAGAGAUCAUCAAGAACGCUAUCAGUGCUCCAGAGGGCCAGAACGAGCAUAAAAGAGACCAGCUGAAGCAGCUGGCAAUUUUAAACGGAACACUUCGAGUCUCCGAGGAAAAAGUUUGUUUGAAUUGUGGAGAAAAGGGACACAAACGGUACGAGUGUCCCAACUUGGGGAGACAGAACUUUGCACAGUCUUUGGUUUGUUCUCGGUGUGGAAACAUUGGGCAUAUUGCAAGAGAUUGUAGAGCCGAUUUGGAGGAAACGGCCAGACACGAUAGAGAGCUCGACAUGAUGAUGAAGGAUUUGACUGGCGAAGCAGAUGGGUACGUUGAGCCGGAUGCCAAGAGACAACGUUUGGAAGGAACGCACGAGAACAAUGAAAACGCUCCGUCUGCACCAGUGUCAACGGCUCCGGCUGCCCCUACUGCUCCUGUGAUUGCAGCUCCGCCAGGAAUGAGUUUCGGCACUGGUGCUGGUCCAUUGACGGGUGCACCUCCUCCGCCAAAGAUGACUCCGCCGCCAAGACUUGCACCUCCACCUCUUCCUAAAAACAUCAAGCUUCCCUUCCCGAAAAAAGAGGAAGAAUGA